AAUUGUAUGGUAGCUUCAAACAUUCCUAAAAUGGCGAUCGUCCCCCAAAAGAACAUUUUCUUUCCAUUAUACCAUUCACACAUUUCCUCAUACCAAUAUUUCAGACUAAAAUUGUUCAAAUAUAUUCUGAUAAGUUUUUGAUAGUCUAAAGAGAAUUUGGAUGAGAGUUGAAGACAGAUGCAUCUAUGAAGACAGGUGAAUUACAACACUUGAUGCUUCUUGAGUUUAUCCGACGUUGUUCUUUCGGGUUUCUCAGAUGGAAUGGCAGAUCCUGCUAGUUAUGUCUAUCACGAGCGUGACAUCGACCAAGCACUUAUCGUUUUGAAAAAGGGAACUCAAUUAGUCAAGUACAGUCGAAAAGGGAAACCUAAAUUCCGUGCAUUCAGGCUAUCACCGGAUGAAAAAUCGUUGAUUUGGUUUUCGCAUGGAGAAGAAAAAGGUUUGAAGUUAUCUGAAGUUUCUCGAAUUGUCCCUGGACAAAGAACUCCCGUUUUUAAGAGAUUUUUACGUCCAGAGAAAGACCACUUAUCGUUUUCACUUUUAUUCAAUAACAGAGAAAGGUCGCUUGAUUUGAUCUGUAAAGACAAAGCUGAGACAGAGAUUUGGUUUGCUGGCCUUAAGUAUUUAAUUGAAAGAAGUCGUAAUAGACGCGCAAGAAGUGAGAUACCUGAGAUAAACGACAGUGACUACUUCUCCACUGGUCGUCAAUCAAUAGACGUUUUUCCAAACAACAUACCACGAGGUAGAACAUCAAUUGAUCUAGGCUCAGAUGUUGGAUAUGAACGUGGAAACAUGUUAAGACCAAGUACUGAUGGUUUCCGGAUCAGUGUCUCAAGCACGCCAAGCUGUUCAAGUGGAGGUUCUGGUCCAGAUGAUAUCGAAUCAUUAGGUGAUGUUUACGUUUGGGGUGAGGUUUGGAGCGAUGGGAUACUACCAGAUGGGACUAUUACCAAAGAGACAGUGAAAACAGAUGUGUUAACUCCAAGACCCUUGGAAUCAAACGUUGUUCUUGAUGUUCACCAGAUUGUUUGCGGUGUGAGGCACGUUGCGCUUGUGACAAGACAAGGAGAAGUGUUUACUUGGGGAGAAGAAGCUGGAGGUAGGCUUGGACAUGGUAUUCAAGUAGACAUUAGUCGUCCGAAACUAGUUGAGUUUCUUGCUCUAACCAACAUAGACUUUGUUGCUUGUGGAGAAUACCACACUUGUGUUGUAUCAACCUCUGGAGACUUGUUUUCGUGGGGAGAUGGAAUCCAUAAUGUUGGGCUUUUAGGACAUGGUAGUGAUAUUAGUCAUUGGAUACCAAAACGAGUCUCUGGUCCUUUAGAAGGUCUUCAGGUGCUUUCUGUUGCGUGUGGCACUUGGCAUUCAGCUCUGGCCACUGCAAACGGGAAGCUAUUCACAUUUGGUGAUGGUGCGUUUGGAGUUUUAGGACAUGGAAACAGAGAAAGCGUUUCGUGUCCUAAGGAAGUACAGUCUUUAAACGGUUUGAAAACAGUGAAAGUUGCUUGUAACAUUUGGCAUACCGUGGCCAUCGUCGAGGUUAUGGGACAGACCGGUACAAGUAUGUCAUCAAGGAAGUUGUUUACUUGGGGUGAUGGUGAGAAAAACAGGUUAGGGCAUGGGAACAAAGAGACUUACUUGCUACCCACGUGUGUCUCUUCACUUAUUGACUACAACUUUCAUCAGAUCGCGUGUGGGCAUACAUUUACCGUCGCACUCACAACCUCAGGACAUGUUUUCACAAUGGGUGGGACUUCACAUGGUCAGCUAGGUAACUCAAUCUCUGGUGGUAAGUUACCUUGUUUGGUGCAAGACCGAUUAGUGGGAGAAUUUGUGGAAGAAAUAGCUUGUGGGGAUCACCAUGUGGCGGUUUUAACAUCAAGAAGUGAAGUAUUCACAUGGGGGAAAGGUGCUAAUGGAAGAUUAGGACAUGGUGAUACAGAUGAUAGAAGAACACCAACUUUAGUUGAAGCCUUGAGAGACCGGCAUGUGAAGAGCUUAUCUUGCGGCUCAAACUUCACAUCAAGUAUAUGUAUUCAUAAAUGGGUAUCCGGAGCAGAUCAGUCAAUCUGCUCCGGAUGUCGCCAAGCUUUUGGGUUUACCCGCAAGAGACAUAACUGCUAUAACUGUGGUUUAGUCCAUUGCCAUGCUUGUAGUUCAAAGAAGGCUUUGAAAGCAGCAUUGGCUCCAACACCAGGGAAACCACAUCGCGUGUGCGAUGCGUGUUACAGCAAACUUAAAGCCGCUGAAUCUGGUUAUAUAUCUAAUGGAAAUAGGACUAGUGUUGCAACCCCUGGACGAUCAAUGGAUGGUUCGGUAAGAAUAGAUAAAGGAACAACUAGGUCAUCGAAAGUCCUCUCGACGGGAAAUAAUACAGAAUCAGGCAAGACGUCAAGGCUUGGAGUUAGACCUGAUGCUUCUAGUGUCCGUGCCUCGCAAGUUCCUUCUCUCCAACAACUUAAAGACAUUGCAUUCCCGGCAUCACUAACCGCGAUUCAGAAUGCUUUAAAACCUGCUGUUGCUCCUGCUGCUGUUCCAGCUCGUCUACUAGUUGGACCAAUGUCAUCGCCUCCACCUGCUAGAUCCUCAUCGCCUUUACCUGCAAGAUCCUCUUCUCCUUACGCAAGAAGAUCGAGCCCUCCACGGACUUCUGGAUUUUCUAGGAGCGUUAUUGAUAGUUUAAAGAAGACUAAUGAAGUUAUGAACCAAGAAAUGACAAAACUACAGAGUCAGGUUAAGAAUUUGAAACAGAAAUGCAAUAAUCAAGGAACUGAGAUACAAAGAUUCCAAAAAGCAGCUAAAGAAGCUUUUGAAUUAGCUGCUAAGCAAUCUUCUAAACAUAAAUCAGCAACAGAAGCCCUAAAAUCUGUUGCAGAACAGUUGAAAGGUUUGAAGGAGAAAUUACCACCUGAAGUAUCAGAGAGUGAAGCUUUUGAGUCCAUUAAUUCUCAAGCUGAAGUUUAUCUAAAUGCAAACGAAGUAACAGAAACAUCUUUACUUACAACUUCGAUACUUGAUCAGCAAGAAACAUCUCCUACUGGAAACACACAAGAUCAAAAGAUUGAUGAACAAGUAUCAUCGAAAAGUAUAUCCGAGACAUCGAAUUCAUCAAAGCCAGUACCAACAGAAUCUUCUUCUUCAUCGUCAUCAAGAACAGGUGGAAAGGAAAGUAAAGAACAGUUUGAACCUGGCGUUUAUGUGACUUUUGCGGUAGAUAUGAAUGGAAACAAGAUCUUCCGACGAGUUAGAUUCAGUAAAAAGAGAUUUGACGAACAUCAAGCAGAAGAUUGGUGGACUAAAAACAAAGAUAGGUUGCUCAAGUGGUAUAGUCCAAAUUCAUCAUCAAGUCCAGUGGCUUCUGAUUCAUCUAUCGCUCCUUCACCACCAUCUGAACCACCGUCUGAUCCAUCAGUCUCUGAGAAGGACAAUGAGGCAGAAGCAGAUUAACCAUGUGUGUAAGUUAUGGUUGUGUUUCUUUUUUUCACAUGUACCAGUUAUAGAUACAAAAUGAAGUAUAUCUGAGGUUUGUUUCUUAAAAAUUCUGAAACGGAAUGUUGGUAACUUGUAUUGCCUUAUGCAAAGAUAUGAAAAGUUUUGGAAAUAGGAUUGUAAUAUCUAGGAUCAUAUAGUUUUUAUAACUUGCUUGAUUGUCUUUGGUGACUUCUUUUAAUUUGGAUUGUAAAUGAGUAGGAAAAAACAUAAAACAGUUAUGUUAUAGGAUAUUGUGUAAGUGAAAACCAAAUAUUUAUAGAUAGAAAUAUAUGUAUUACAGUCCGCGGCCUUUAAGCGGCGAGUAAAGACACGCGCUUCUCUCUCUCUGUUUUCUAAAUUCUAGAUCCAGAUCUGGGAGGAGCUCCGACCUUCCGGCGUCUCGUCGGUCUUCCAAGGAUGCUCCCCCCCCCCCCUUUACUUUUUCGUUCGUCGGAACUUGCGCCUAACAAAAGGAAAGUGACGAACUGAAGGAGGCACAACCUUUCUCUCCUCCGCGGUGUUUAGGUCACUGUCGCGGUGGCCCUCUACGUUGAAGCUGUGGCUUGGUGUUUCGUCGGAAGCUGGUGGUAGAUCUCUGCUAGAGGACGGUGGAGGCUCUCUGGAUUUCCGCAAGUUAACCAUCCAGGCUAGGGUCUUUCUUUCAACGCCGUUGCUGUGGGGGCUUUUGUUGUCGACGAGCUUGUUCUGGAGAUGGCGGUUCUCCGGAACCUUCCCUCUUAGAUGCAGAAGCUUCUCUUGGCCGGUGGAAUUAGGGUUUGUGCGUGGUGCUUGAAGAGGUGUGCGACGGCGAGGCAGCGACAGAGCUUGGCGGAGAAAAGUUCAAGAGUCGGUUCUCCUGUAGAUUCCGGCGCUCGGGGCCGCGGGAUCCCUCCGAGGUUGGCUCUAGCUCUGAAGAGGAACCGUUGAUGGAUCAUCGGCUGGUUCUGAACACACUGGCCGCCGUGAAGUUACGGUGACAUCGGAUUUGCUAACCAAUCGUGUUCGUCGGAGUGGGGCUUUAUGCUCCUAGGUCUUGUGUUGUGCUUUGUCUCUCUGUUCUUGUUUGAGUAUCGUUUCUUUGGGUUUCCGGUUUUUCUCCGGCAGUGACGUGUACUUUCCAAUUCCCAUUGGGUGAAUUAAAAAAAAAAAAAGUUAAAGAUGGAUAAAGAAAAAAAAAAAAAAAAAAAAAAAUUAUAGAGAGACCGUUUAGUUUUAUAUUACUAGAUGCGUUGUACCCGCGCUUGCGCGGGAUCGUUGACGUUUUUUCGUUUAUAUAAAUGUGUUGAAAUGCUGAUGUACUUUUGUUUGGUCUUUGAUUUCUCAAGAUUUGUAUGUGUUUGAGUUUGUUGUUUUGGUUUUGUGAACCAUUUUCGUUAUUAAAGCAGAGUGGUAUAUUCGGUGGUGUUUA